AGGAAUACGGAUCCUUAUAGGCAGUACAUGCAGUCAUUGCUUUGCUACGAUCUUGCGCCAAAUCAUGGAUCAGCCCUGCUAAUCGACGGUGAUUUAUCUAUGCGUAAAUCGUUGUUAGCAUUACACCAGACGGGGCAUGGAGCCGCGCUGGUAAUCAGUUCAAGUGCGAGAAGUCCAAUUGGUAUGAUCACGGUCACCGAUUGCCUUCGGGCAGUUGUUGUUGCCAGUAGCAUUGAUCCAGCAAUUGGCGAUCGUUCAAUUCGCGAUUUUAUCAAAGUUUACGGUAAAAAGAAGCUCAUCGCUGCAACCAUCAAUAUGUCUGUCUGGGAUGCGGCUCGUUUGGUGUGUCUGAAUCAUGUCCAUCGCAUACCCGUUUUUCAAACCGAUGACAAUGGCAAGCUGACAGAUAUUUUGUACACACUCUCGUUGAGGCGGAUUUUUCACGAAACCAUUAUCAAAUUAAUCUCGAUUGAUGCAUAUUGUGGCGAAGCUAUUGAUAAAUUCGUAACGGGUAAGAUGUCCUGCAUUGCUGUGAUCGAUGAUCGAAAUACGAUGCUUGGCAAGAUCAGUAAGAAUGAUAUUAUGCGUGAGCUCGUGGAACACUCAAACAACUACCUGGAAAUUGUCAACAUUCCUGUCAAGGUUCAUAAUUCGUUUGUUGCUGGCAUUCACUGGUCAGGAAGACUUCUGGCUACUACGGUCGAGGGAUUACAUUUCUGCUAUUAG